AUGACCAGUGAUGACCUUGAAGAACUGGAAUUUGGGGACGACGUCCCUCGUUUUUUUCGCAACAACCCACUCUCGGCUAGCAUGGGAGUGUCCAGGUGGCAGCUGAAAGGGAAAAGGAAUAACCGUGGUCUUAUGAAGAGGUCUGAUGCAGAAGUUUCUGGAGGAUAUAUAUAUCGAGGAAGGUCAAAUUGGAGCAGUAGUGGUAAAAAGUCUGAUUUGAUUGAGAGAAGUUUUAGGACCGGCAUGCCUGGAUAUAGAUCUACAUGUCUCCCAGAUGGCUUGGCUUGGAAUGAUCAGUCGUCCAUGAGAGGAUAUUGGGACGAUUCUCUCGAUCCUCUAUCUGCUCAGCAUCAUUUUGGUGGAAGUACCUUGUUGGAUGUGGAUUUGAAGGUUCAGGCGAACAACUACCGUAGAGACGUCCCUAUUAUCUCAAUGCAGAGUAAGCUAAAUGGACGUGCUAUAAUAGGGCACCCUAUCCAAGUUGAAGCUCUUGAAAGUGGUUCCUCAGAAAACUUUCUUCCUGCUACCAAUCAUUUUUAUCCUGAAACAUCGGAGAAUCAUAUGGCGCUUACACCCAUAUGGAGUACUGCUCGUAGAACUGCCAAUUUUCGGGUUCCACGCCCACACGUGUCCUCAGCAAUGAGUAGUGAAAGUAAACCAGAUCUUCAAGUUGUUGUUGACCAAGACAAACAAAUCCCAUUUGGACACCCUCAACAUUUGGACAGGAGAUUCCCAAGAAAUUCACCGAGGAAAAUUAAUCCGUCUUCCAACCAGAAGACAAGAACACUUUCAUCGAUUGCUUCAGAACCUAAACAUAGUAUUGAUCAUAGAAUUGGAGGCAACAAUUAUCAAGCAGACGGGCUGAUGAAAACCCAGGACGUGCCUACAACUGUAGCUUGUAUACCUGUUAAGCUGGUAUUCAGUAGGUUGCACGAGGAGUUUGAUGGGUACCAUCAGUAA